UGGCGACCGUGCCAUUCUCAAAUCCGCCGACGUCGUCGAAGUCCCCCUUUCCUCGCGAUGGCAAACCACAAGAUGAACCACUCGGAUGCGCGCCCGACGAACGCACUGGUGACCCCACUGCUCACAGACUUGUACCAGAUCACGAUGGCAUAUGCAUACUGGAAGGUGGGUCGCCAUGAAGAGCAGGCGGUUUUCGACCUGUUUUUCCGAAAGAACCCGUUCAAAGGUGAAUUCACCGUCUUUGCUGGCUUGGAAGAGGUUCUUGGGUUCUUGAACUCGUUCAAAUUCACUGACUGCGACAUCGAAUACUUGCAAAGCGUACUGCCGUCCACUACUGAAAAUGGAUUCUUCGAAUGGUUGCGUACGCUGGAUUGCACCCAUGUCAAGGUGCACGCCCUAAAAGAAGGCACGAUCGCGUUCCCGCGCAUACCUGUGUUGCGGGUGGAAGGUCACUUGGGUAUCACCCAACUGCUCGAAACAGGGCUGCUCAACUUGUUGAACUAUGCGAGUUUGAUGGCGACCAAUGCGACUCGCUUCAUCAAGGCCGCUGGGAAGGGCAAGACAUUGCUUGAAUUCGGAUUGCGCCGUGCUCAAGGUCCCGAUGGUGGUAUUUCUGCAUCUCGCUACUCGUACAUGGCGGGUUUCCACGGCACAAGCAACGUGUUGGCGGGCAAGCUCUUCGGUAUUCCUAUUAAAGGCACGCACGCCCACGCAUUCGUCCAAGCCCAUCGUGACUUGGACGACGUCAAAGUAACCCAUAUUGGCAACGACAACUUGAAGGAAUUGACGUUGGCGUACCGCGCCAAGUUGGGCUAUCUGGACACAAAUGACGGUGAAUUGGCCGGGUUCAUUUCGUAUGCCGUGGCGUUCCCUCAUACCUUCUUGGGCCUCGUCGACACAUACGACACGUUGGCGUCUGGAGUUCCCAACUUUUUGUGCGUCGCGCUGGCGCUGAACGAGCUCGGCUACAAACCCAUGGGCAUUCGCCUCGACAGUGGUGACUUGGCGUACCUGUCCAAGGAAGCUCGUCGAAUGUUUGUCAAGACUGCCGAAGCCUUCAACGUUGAGUCGUUCAAGACGCUAUCGAUUGUCGCGAGCAAUGACAUCAACGAAGCAGUCCUGAACUCGUUGAAUGAACAGGGCCACGAAAUCGACAGCUUCGGCAUCGGGACGCACUUGGUGACGUGUCAGGCGCAACCGGCGCUGGGCAUGGUGUACAAGCUUGUACAAAUUGCUGGUCAACCACGCAUCAAGUUGUCGCAAGAACCGAGCAAAGUGACCAUUCCUGGCCGCAAGAAGGCAUUCCGUUUGAAGGGCGCGAACGGCUCGCCGAUUUUGGACAUUUUGAUGGGUUGCGAAGAAGCUGACCCGGUGCCGGGUGUCAAGAUGCUGUGCCGUCACCCUUUCGACGAGAUGGUGCGUGUAAAUGUAACACCGUCGUCGGUUGUGCCUCUGCACAGCCUUGUGUGGGAUGGUGAAAAUGGUGGAAUCGUCGGCGACCUUCCAUCCUUGGAGGAGAUUCGAAACUACGUCAAGGAACAAGUCGCGACCAUGCGCGAAGACAUCAUGCGUCCUCUCAACGCCACGCCUUACAAAGUUUCGGUGACCAAGGGCUUGUAUGACUUCACGCACGUGUUGUGGGAAAAGGAAUUCCCCGUUCGAGAUUUGCAUUGAGGAGUCGACUCUCCCCAUAGAGCAUGUUCGCAUGCAUUGAUGAGCAAUGGACUAGUAAAUACACGACUCAACUAUGAAUUCUUGAAAACGGCUUCAAUUGUCCUUCUUAGCUGGUUUCUUAUGUUGUGACGUCUUGAGCUCAUGGCGUUUGAUAGCGACGACCAUGUGGGCCAUGUUGUACAAGUUGCUCGCCAGCUGAACAAACCCGAUCGCAAGGAGCGGCCCUGCAACGAAGAUGCCCAUGAACACGCCAUUCACGUCAAAGUAGUUCUGCGAAGCAAAAGAUUGCCAAUACACGCGGCCGAGCGAAUUCAGGCGUUCGCUGAGGAAAAUCGUGCCACAAAUGAAUAGAAACAAGACGACUUGGACGAUGUACACGUGGCGAAGAACCAGGAUUGCCAUGAAGAGGAGGACGUGAAACGAGAUGAGCCCGAGAAUCAAAGGCUCCUGCCAGUCAACCGCCUCAUACCACUGCACCAUCAUGUGUCCAUACUUUUGCGACAGCUCCUUGCGCACACGGUCCACGAUAAUGUCCAUCGCUUGUCGCGCGUUGUGGUCGCUGGGGAAAGUGGCGCUCAUCUAAAUAUCCGGAUAUCCGGAUAAUAAUGCCAUUGAAACGAAAUUAUUUGAGGG